GUAAAGGAAUAGUUUUUAUGGCUCUUAUAACCAUCAUCACUUUUUAUUUUGAUAUUCUUACAAAAAUCUUGUGAUUCAAAGAACGUCCUCCAGGAAGACAGGCUUCUUGUUUUCUGGGAGGAAGUUGACUGAAUUAACUACUAACUGACACAUUUUGAAGAAAAGGGAAAUGGAUCAGUGUUUGCUGUUUCUUCUGCUCCUGCUGAUGGGUAGAAAUGGAUUGUGUCAACAAGAGGAAGUUUGCUCAAAGUCGGUGAUCAACUCCUGCAAUGACUGUAUCAGAUCUGGGCCAUACUGUGUAUGGUGCCAACAGCUGAAUUUCACCAAAGCAGGAGAGCAGGAAGCAGCACGCUGUGACACCCAAACUCAGUUGAUAGCAAGGGGCUGCAAGAUGGAAGAAAUCAUCUCCCCCAAGGACCAUCUAAUCAUUGUCAAGAAUGAUCCACUGUCCAAUUCAUUCAAGCAGCAGGAGUCUGUCCAGCUGACUCCACAGAAGAUUCAACUGAUACUGCGACCUGAGCUUCCUAUCACAUUCAGAGUUUCUUUUAAAAGAGUUCAGGGUUAUCCAGUUGAUCUCUACUAUCUGAUGGACCUGUCUUACUCCAUGAAAGAUGACCUGGAAAAUGUCAAAGAACUGGGACAAGAUCUUUUUGCAGCUCUGAAUAAAAUCACUGGACAUGCUCAAAUAGGGUUUGGUGCCUUUGUUGAUAAGACAGUCCUUCCUUACACUAACACCAACAAGAAGAAACUGCAGAAACCAUGUGAUGACAAUGACCAGCAGUGUCAGGCUGCCUUUGGCUACAGACACGUACUCAGUAUGACACCAAGGGAGGAUGAGUUUAAAAUAAAAGUGAAAGAGCAAUUCAUUUCUGGGAACUUGGACUCUCCUGAAGGGAGUCUUGAUGCCAUGAUGCAGGCUGCUGUAUGUGGGGACAAAAUAGGAUGGAGGAACAGCAGCACUCGGCUGAUUGUACUGACCACUGAUGCUGGAUUCCACAUGGCUGGCGAUGGAAAAUUGGCUGGUAUACUUGAACCCAAUGAUGAACAGUGCCACAUGGAAUACAACCUUUAUACCAAGAGCAGUGAGAUGGACUACCCGUCUGUUGGACAACUAGCUAUGCAGUUGGAAAAAAACAAUAUUCAGCCGAUAUUUGCAGUGACAAAAAAUAUGGAGACUGUGUACAAGCAACUCUCUAAAAUGAUUCCAAAAUCAGAGGUGGGAGUUCUUUCGUCAAAUUCUAAUAACGUUGUUCAGUUGAUUGAAAGUGCCUACAAUCGGUUGUCCUCCAAAGUAACUGUGACCCAUGACAACCUCCCUGAUAAUGUAAGAGUUACCUAUACGCCUAUAUGUGAUCAUGCAGGACUAGCAGGGGACAACGAAGGGGUCUGUGACAAUGUGCAUGUGGAACAGGAGAUCUCUUUUAAUGUCACCGUGACCGCAUUAUCAUGUAUGGAGAAAAAGUCUUUCACUAUAAGGCCACUGGGCAUUAAGGACACAUUGACAGUGACCUUAUCUACAAACUGUGAGUGUAAAUGUGAUGACCCCAGUGACAGAAACCACACACACUGCAAGGAGAAGGGAAGAGUCAGCUGUGGUAUUUGCAGCUGCCAAGAGGGCUUCGUCGGUCAGUUCUGCGAGUGUGCCAUUGGUGAUAAAGACGAGCGAACCCUACGGGCAUCCUGUCAGAGGCAGAAUGGCACCGAGUGUGAGGGUCGAGGAGACUGUGUGUGUGGCAGGUGCCAGUGCCACACCACUGAGAGUGGAAGCAGUUACCAUGGUGACUUCUGCGAGUGCGACGAUGAACACUGUGAGAAGUUCCAAAAUAAACUGUGUGGAGGAAAAGGUAAGUGCAACUGUGACAGAUGUGAAUGCAAUCCUGGCUACGAGGGCUCAGCCUGUCAGUGCAGGGUGUCUGAGGAGGGCUGUCGUACGCUUAACAACACCGUGUGCUUCGGCAGAGGGACCUGCAAGUGCAACCGCUGUGAAUGUAAGGAGGGAUACCAGCAGCCACGAUGCAAAAAGUGCCCCGGCUGCCCAGACCCCUGCCAGACCAAACUGAACUGCAUUGAAUGCCUGGGCUUUGACUCGGGUCCGUUUAAAAAAAACUGCAGCAUGGCUUGCAGCAAGAGCAUUUAUCAUGAGAUGGUAAACCAGUUCACCAAAUUAAACCAACAGUGCCAACAGAAGGAUUCUGAGGGCUGCUGGGUCAAAUUUAACCUGGAACAGCUGGUCGGGGAUGAUAACUACAGGGCUGAAAUUCUGAAACAGAGAGACUGUCCAGAACCACACAGUGUCACAGCUAUCAUCGGAGGCUCCAUAGCGUCUGUGGCUCUCAUCGGCAUUGUGCUGCUGAUGCUCAUCAAGUUAUUCAUCUACAUGAAGGACCUGAAGGAGUUCAGGAAAUUUGAAAAUGAAAAGAAGAAAUCCAAGUGGGCAAAUGCUGACAACCCACUGUUCCAGAAUGCCACCACCACUGUGUCCAACCCCACCUUCACUGGAGAGUGAGUGCUUCCACUGCAGCACAAUACUUGCUCAGCAAACACAGCUCUGCUGUGUCUGACUUUGGUGUGUUUGUUAGAAGAAUAUUGUUUGUAAUGCUCAUUGUUUUAUUUGGUAAUGUCCACCAAUGGCAAUUAUGGGCACUUGCGUAGUUUCUUACUGAUACUCUCAUUCACCAUCUACACUAUUACUGUUGCAUUCUAUUUGUUUUGUCCAAAAAUUAUUUUUGGUCAUUGCUUAUAAUACUUACACAAGAUAUAUUGUAAUGUAGUACAUCUUAUGAUAUAUACAGUAGGAGAGUUUAUAAAUGGUACAGCAUGUAUAUAGUAGCAUGUACACUGAAGCAAUAAUGUUGACAGUACAUACACUGGAUGUACAGACAGGUGACAAACUGAAGGAAAAACCUUAAUAAAUGAGUGGAAAAACAUAAUGAAUGAAGAUGCUUCAACACAGGUUCACUGCAUGGUACAAUUAACUAAUAAACAUCCAAUCAUGCUCUGUGGCAUGUAUAAAAACCGUAAGCAGGCCUCGUUCAUUCUGAUUUUGUAUAAAGAUGGCAAGAGAAAAAGAUCUAAGUGACAGAGGGUUCAUUGUUGGGGCACGGAAGGCAGAAGCUUCAGUUACACCUACUGCUCAACUGGCUAGUGUUUCAAUAGGAACAGUGACGAAAGUCACAUCUGUAUUUAGAUCAAUGGAAAAGACAUCAGUAAACAGGGUCGGAAAUUGUGGUCGACAGCUCACAUUUGAUGAGCAUGAUGCUCUUGCAAUAGUACGAUAUGUAAGGAAAAACAGUGGAGGAACUCUUCCUCAGGUGACUGAGCAUGUCAAUGCAGGAUGUGAUCAGACUUUGUCUGUAAGAACAGUCCGUCGUGGGAUACUAUAGUACAGUUGCACUGCAUAAACCCCUCAUUACAAAGAUGAAUGCACAUUUGAGAGUUCAAUGGUGCAUAAACCAAAGGCAUUGGUCUACAGAGAUGUGGAAAAAAGUGAUAUGUUCAGAUGAGUCAUCCUUCACCAUAUUCUUGACAAGUGGAUGAGAACAUGUAUGGCAUACACCACGGGAACAGUACAGGCCUGAAUGCUUGAUCUCUACAGUGAGGGGAUCCGAUGGCUUAUUUAUGCUGUAGGCGGUACUUUGCUGGCAUUGAUUGGGUCCACUUGUCCCCUUAGAGGGAAGGGUCACUGCAAGUCAAUACAAAGUUAUUCUGAGUGAUUACCUUUACCUUAUGAUAAAACAUUUCUAUCCUGAUGGGAGGGGUCUCUUCCAGGAUGACAAUGCCCCCAUCCAUAGGGCACAAGGGGUCAC